AUGAAAGAAGUGAUGAUGAGAAAGUCGAAUCUUUUUGAUCUUCAUCUAUACGAUGCUUCCCCUCACUUCCCCAACACAAGAAGCGGUGGUCAACAAGGUGAAUCUUUGCUUGAUUCCAACCGCAUCCAUAAAAAUUGUAUCGGUUUCCCACAUGUCAUAAGAAUAUCGCGUCACCCCCACCGUAUCUCUUUUACCUCUUCUCUUCCGUCGUCUAGAAAUUUGUCUUGUGGAGUCUGCCGGAAACAAGUUGAUAACAAUUAUGGUGCAUACUCUUGCAAAACAUGUGAAUCUUAUUUUGUUCAUUCAAAAUGUGCAUUAAAUCCAAAUGUGUGGGAUGGAAAAGAACUCGAAGGAGUACCUGAAAAAGAUGAUGAGAUAGAUGAUGGUGAGCCGUUCAAGAGGAUAGCCGAUGGAAUAAUACUUCAUCCCUUUCAUAGUCACCAUCUACGAUUUGAGAUCAGCAAAGAAGCUUAUGAUGCAAAUAAGUAUUGUCGAGGGUGUGCACUUCCAGUCUAUGAAGGGGGAUUCUAUUCAUGCGUGGAAUGCAACUUCAUCCUCCACGAAAAUUGUGCAAAUGCUUCACGCAUGAAACGAUACCCCUUAUAUCCACAUCCACUUACACUAAAAGUUGCAACCAAAGGAAUUGGUACUGACGAAGGUAUAUUCCAGUGUAACCAGUGUGCGCGUGAGGGUACUGGCUACUUUUAUGAGCAUCAUAUAGAUGGAAGAAACUUCAAGCUAGAUUUACGGUGUGCCUUGAUUACCGAACCAUUUGAUUUUCAAGGCCACAAACAUCCUUUAUUCCUAGCUUCGGAACCGUAUGAACUAACACUAUGUCAUAUGUGCAAAGAGGAAAGUGACGAUUCAAAAUUAAUCUGCAUUGAAUGCGAUUAUAUUUUAUGUUAUCGUUGCGCUACCUUUCCAUAUAAGGCAAGGUAUAAGCAUGACAACCAUAUUCUCAUCAUUUGUGAUCGGGAAAAGGGAAGCGGUCAACAAGACUGGUGUGAAAUUUGCGAAGGAAAAAUUGAAGAAGGAGGAAUGCUAUUCUUUUAUAAAUGCCAUGACUGCUGCAUCGCUCUUCAUGUUGAGUGUUUACUUGGGAGAGACAUUUACAUGAAGCCUGGUGAUACUAUAAAAGACUCCGUCUCGGUUGUCGUGAAGACAUCUAAACUUACGAGGCCAAAAUGGAUAGAAUUUUGGAUCCUUCUCAACAGUUCUCUCAGCCGGCCAAUUUGCAUUGGGUGUCGGGACCGUUGUCCAUUCCCGAUUUUUUUCAAAGGAUACAAUGAUAAGAUAUUUUGUUCUCAACGUUGUAUCAGGACUCGUUUGAGAAACAAUUCUAUCAGACAUGUGACGUAA